CGUUUUGAAGGGGGCUGGAAAUAAUAGCAUGAAGAUUUGGGCUUUCUUCGGGGCUUGCAGAGGACAUGCGACGUGCAGCAGAGUGGCCGGCCUCGGGAGCAAACGCCGGCUAAUUAGGCUAAGUAUCGAAGUGCAGCGUUAUAAGAAUUCCUCUUACCUUCCAAUGGGUUUUGUGUAAAGAAAUAUUGGUGUGGGAGGAAAGAGAAUCAGACCAAUCUCCCCCCACAGUCAUCUGCAUCUCUUAGAUUUUUUUUUUCUCCUCCCUUAAAACUCUUCUUUAACAUAUUGGGUUAAGGCUUUAAAAAGCGAAGGCUCGCGCUAAGAAACCCUGUUCCUUCAAUGAUUCCCUAUUUCAAAUAAAAGGAUUUAAGUUGACGUAUGACCACGUGAGCACAUAAUACAGCGCAUUAUUGUGGCAUUUGGAGUGGAGACCCGGUCUGGCUCCGUCUGCGAUUACGCUUUUCCAGUUUCUGUUCAGAGCAAGCACUGCUUUCUAUUAUUUUUUUUUUCCUCCUGCCCCCAUCACCGUCCCCACAAGAGCUGGCCAUUUCGCUGACAGCUUUCGUUCCUUAUGGAAAGGUUAUUGUCGAGCCGAGAGGACGAAAUGCUUCGUUAGAAAGGAUGGAUUUUAUUUUAAGGUCUGCCCGGAGAGGCCAUUGGAGGAAGAGCGCCACGUGACAGAGGGGUGCCAAUGUUAUUCUCCAAGGGUGUCAAGACCCUGUCAGUUUGCGAAAUAAAUAUUGGGAAACAACGAAAUGCAAAAAGCGACCUACUACGACAGCUCUGCAAUCUAUGGUGCCUACCCCUACCAAGGAGCAAAUGGUUUCACUUAUAAUGCGAGUCAGCAGCAAUAUCCUCCAUCUUCAUCACUUGUGGAAACUGAGUACCACCGCCCCGCGUGCUCUCUCCAGUCCCCUGGCAGCUCUGUGUCCCACCACAAGGCCAAUGACAUCAGUGAGAGUUGCAUGAGGACCCUCCCCAGCCAGACUCUCCAGCCCCCCAGCCUCGCUGAUCCACAGGCUCCACCGCAGCCGCCUCCAGCCCAGCAGUCACAACCUCCACCUCCGACCUCCACCUCACCACCUCAAAAUGCCAGCAGCAACCCUGCCCCGGCCAACCCCACCAAGAGCCCAGCUCUUAACUCACCCACCGUGUCCAAACAGAUAUUCCCAUGGAUGAAAGAGUCUCGGCAAAACACAAAGCAGAAAAACAGCAGUUCCAGUUCAGGUGAGAGUUGUGCUGGUGAUAAAAGCCCUCCAGGGCAAGCCUCCUCUAAGCGAGCCCGUACAGCUUACACAAGUGCCCAGCUGGUAGAACUGGAAAAGGAGUUCCACUUCAAUAGGUACCUUUGCAGGCCACGAAGGGUAGAAAUGGCUAAUUUGCUCAAUCUCACAGAAAGACAGAUCAAAAUCUGGUUUCAAAACCGCAGAAUGAAAUACAAAAAGGAUCAAAAGGGAAAGGGUAUGAUGACCUCUUCAGGAGGACAGUCCCCAAGCAGAAGCCCCGUCCCUCCAGCUGCUGGGGGAUAUCUAAACUCUAUGCAUUCUUUAGUAAACAGUGUCCCCUACGAACCCCAGUCGCCUCCACCAUUUAACAAGCCUCAUCAAAACACCUAUGGCAUCCCUGCAUCGUAUACUGCUCCUCUUAAUAAUUGCCCACCUCCUCAAAAGAGAUACACGGGGACAGCAGCUGUGACACCUGAAUAUGAUACUCAUCCUCUUCAAGGCAACGGUUAUGGGAAUCCACAUAUACAGGGAAGCCCCGUCUAUGUAGGGGGCAACUACGUGGAGACCAUGACCAAUUCUGGGCCUUCCAUCUUUGGUCUAACUCAUCUCCCUCAUCCUCCCUCUGCCAACAUGGACUACAGCGGGGCUGGGCCAAUGGCCAACAAUCACCACCAUGGACCUUGUGAUCCACAUCCAACAUACACAGACCUUACCGCUCACCAUCCUUCUCAGGGAAGAAUUCAGGAAGCGCCCAAACUCACUCAUCUGUAAGAGACAGGAGUCACUAAGAGGAACAGCAAGCCCCCAAGUUUUGGAAAGUACUCAUCCCUUCCCUUCUCUCUCCUCCCCCCAACAUGUGCCCUCCCCUUCCCUUCUCGUUUCUUUUGUUCGUUUCGGUUUGUUUUGUUUCCUUUCGUAAAAGCGUUUUCUAGUUUAUGUGACGUAGCAAUAUUUGUUGCUUGAAUUGCUCUAUAGUUUCACUAGUGGAUAUUUAUCUUCUUGAACUGUAGCCUUGUGUCUCACUUUGGGAGUAUGCAGAGGCUUUAUACUUUACCUUCUACACUUUUAUCAAAACAGGGUAUAUGAACAAAUUUUCUAUAAAAGGAAUUCUUAAAUGUGAAUUUGUUCGUACAUGAUUGAUCCCACGGGGAAGCAAUUUUUUUUAUUGCACUUCUUUUAAAUAGCAAGAAAGACAUCAAAAGCGCUUGGACAGGGACUUCCUGGACAAUUAUUGAUACGUGUAAGUCUUUCAAUGUGUGUAUGCUGGUGAACAUUCAGAUUUAUUUAUAUUUUUUUUUCGCAAACAUUGAAUAAUCUAAGUGUUUAAAAUUUUAUUUAUCCCCAUUUGUUCAUAUUUAUAUAUAUAUAAAAAAAAUCUGUACCCUGAAUAUUCAGGAGGCCAUAUAUUAGAUGGCAUAUCGGCACGUGUUAGAAAUAUCAUUUGAAAGGAAACUAUUAACUCCUUUUAUUAAAAAUAGUGAUAAUAAUGAUGAUGACGAUGCAAUAAAAUCUGGGAAAAAAGAUCGCGGUUUGAAUACUUUAUGCUUGUAACAUCCAGCUAGGCAAAAAGUGUGUGAAGCUGAAAAGGCUAGAUUUGUUUUGAAAGUGAUACAUUCCUUGCUGCUCACGUUCUGGAAAAAAAAAUAAAGUUUUUAUUCUGAAUAAUAAAGAGUUAAGGACAUGUUCUUCGCAGCGCAGGGGAAUGGAGAGCCCUUCAUGACGUGGGGAGCGAGGAAACUCGUCUGUAAACUUACACGAGGGUCUGCUCACCCGAAGGGCCCCGCGA